AUGACCUUAUCACUAGGAACGGAAGACAAACAUCGACCAAUCUACAUUAGUGGCCUAAUGAAGCCAGAGCUUUGGACCAAAAUGGAAGAGCUUUUGAGAGAUUUCAAGGAUUGCUUUGCUUGGGAUUACACAGAGAAGCCUGGAUUGAGUCGUGACUUGGUUGAGCAUCGCUUACCUUCAAUGGAGGGUUUCAAGCCCUUCAAGCAGCCACCUUGCUGA